CAACAUAAGAAUACGCUCAACAAGGCAAAUGCGGUUCUUGAAAUUGAUCUCAAGGAGACCAAACGCCAGAACAUCGCAGCCGCACAGGACAUCCAGAGCCUUAAAACCUCACUAGAAGAAAGUGGUGAGAAAAUAAGGGCUGGUGAGGGAAUAAUCAAGACCAACCUAGCCCAGGCCCAGGCCCAGGCGAAAGAGUGGCAGUUGAAGCUGGAGACUAUGAAACACACUGGAGAUACGCAGAAGACGGCGCUGUUAGAGAGGUGA